AUGAAGUUCGCCGCCGCCGCCGCCGCACUCAUCUCAUUCGUGAUCGUCGGCACUUCCGCCGAUGGUGGCUCCAGCGCCUGCCCCGGCGAAAUAUGCCCCCUGAGGCCCCUCCCGUUUGCGGAAGUAACGGCGUCACCUACAACAACCAAUAUGAGUUCGACAUUCAAAACUGCGACAACGGGGGGAUCCAAGUGGACAGUGCUGCACCAGGGCACGUGCAACAGGAGCGAGGGCGGCAAAUAA